AGACAAGGUUAGCGGCCGCGAAGGGCGUAGCCGAGGACAGCCGCGAACGCAGCGUCGCUCGACGCGACGUCUGCGGGAUCAGCCGAACGCCAACCCGAGGCCAGCCAAGCGCGUCGCGCAGCCAAGGGCAGCCUAGACAGGCAGCCUAUAGACACACGAGCAAGCGAAGACACACAAGAUGCCCCAGGACAACAUAACAACGCUGGAGCCGACGGCCUGUUUAGGAUUUAAUGGCACGGUGCCGAACGGCCUGGUCGCCGUCGAGGUCGACGACGAGGCCUUCGUGGCGUAUCCCUUGGGGGGCAUGGUCGUCGUCCAGCACGCUACGAGACGAGACGGCGUUUGUUUCUUGAGAGGACAUACCGAGGACGUCACGUGCGUGGCGGCGUCGAAUGACGGAAGAGUGUUGUGCACGGGGCAGGACGCGCCGCUCGGUGUCGCCUCACCUGCCGUGUUGUGGGACCUCGAGGACGCCUGCGACCGCAUCCUGCGACCCCGGGAGGACGCGGAACCGCCGAAGCCCCUCAAGAUCCUCAACCAGCACGUCAGUGGCGUGCGGGCCGUCGGAUUCAACUGCGACGACUCGAUCCUCUUCACGAUGGGCGCGCGGGACGACAACAAGAUAUGUCUGUGGGAGAUGCCUACUGCCGAACCGAAGGUUUGCGUGCGAGCCGCUCUAGAUACGGCUAGAUGCGGCGCGUUCCUGAGGAAUGACCCGUUCAGACUCGUCACGGGAGGCAAGGCGCACGUGAAAGUGUGGAGGAUCGAACCAGGCACUUAUAAAGUGCACGACAUGGACGUCAAAGUAGGUAAAUUGAUCAGAGUGGUCGAUUGUGUCACGAUUAGCGGCGACGACAACUACGCGUUAUGCGGUACCCAGUCCGGCGAAGUGAUCCAGGUCAAUAUUAACCGCGACCCCAUCAAGGACUACAACGAGCCCGACGCGAUCGUACCCAAAUUAGUACAAGUGUCUCGAGGACGGCACUCGGGAGGCGUCAAGGCUAUUUGUUGCUUACCGGGCGCUUCGAAGGACAACGUUGAUGUGGUGUGUGCGGGUGGGGGCGAUGGCUCGCUGACCUUCUACUCGCCGGAUUUGAGACAGUUCAAAAGGUGGGCGUGUGAUGUGGACGGUCCGGUCACGUCAUUAUCGGCGACCUCGCGAGAAGGCAAACUGAGUGGUUAUGCGGUCGGGACAUCGACGGGCAACCGGUACACGUUAGCCAUCGGCGGCACGCCGAAGCUGAGAGGUACCUCUCAUGUAGGAGCCGUCUUCGACGUGUGCUACCCGGCUUACUCCUCCAGAGUCUUCGCGACGUGUGCCGUCGAAGACAUUCGCGUGUGGGACGCGCGAAGCAAGUCCGAGUUGGUAAGGAUUCGCGUGCCCAACCUGGAGUGCCGAGCCAUCGCUAUUACCGCUUCCGGCGCGACACUCGUCAGCGGCUGGUCCGACGGGAAAGUAAGGGCUUUUGGACCAGAAACAGGCAAAUUAACCUGGGUCAUGGCCGACGCCCACGACCUCAACAACAAUGGAGGGCCCAUGGACUGCACGGCGCUCGAGGUCGUCCCGGAAGGCAUGGCCGAGGACCCUUCAUCAGAUGAGCCCUGGCGGUUGCUGUCGGGUGGUGUUGAUGGCCGCGUCCGAGUGUGGCGCGUCACUCGCCAACAUAGAGCCAUGCUCUCGUCGACGAAGGAGCACCGAGGAGCGGUGACGUGCCUCAAGGUGACGUCUGAUUUAAGGCAAUUUAUAUCGGCAUCAACAGAUGGCAACUGCCUCGUCUGGGACCUGAGAAGAUACACGCGCGUCGCGAACUUGUUCGAGGCCACCUGCUACCGGUCGUGCUUCUACCUGCCGGACGCGUCGCAGAUCGUCACGACCGGGAGCAACUGCAAGGUCACCUUCUGGGAGGCGGUGGGCUGCGAUGCCAUUCGGGAGGUGCGCGGCGGGCCCGUGGAGAUGACGGCCUUGGCCUGCUCCACAUCAGGAAACCACUUCGUGAGCGGAUCCCGCGACUCGCGACUGCGGCUGUGGGACUACGACGGCGGCAUCUACGUCGCCGAGGGCGCGGCGCACAGUGGCGCGAUCAACAAGGUCGCGAUGGCCCCGAACCAGCGCGUCUGCGUCACGGCGGGCUCCGAGGGCGGCGUCAUGCUCUGGCCGCUGCCCGACGAGGUCGCCGGCCCCGACGAGGACGACGAGUAGCUGGUUUCCCGCCUAAGAGAUUACUUCUACUACUAGAGGUGCACACGAUAGUCCCUUGAACUACGAGGGUUACUGCGGCGCGGCGUGUGCACGUGCUCUUCAAAACUUUUCUCGGGGC